ACUAAACGAAACGUAGAUCUGCAAGACUUGUAUUUGUAACCAGAGAGCUAGCGUCUGUCUCUUCUCCUGUUUAGCUAGAUAGCUAAGAUGGGGAGGUCCAAUCGCCACUGCUCCAUUUCCCUUGCAGUCAUCUUCGUGUUUGCCGUCCUGCUCCUGAACGCUGAUCUAGGGUCGUGCGGUUGCUUCAAGCGCAUCUUCUCCUUGGGCGACUCCAUCACCGACACCGGCAACUUCGCGUACAUCACCCGCAAUGGUCCGCCGGGUCCGCCCUCUGUGCCCCCUUAUGGAGAGACCUACUUCCACCGCCCCAUGGGCCGUGCCUCCGAUGGGCGUCUCAUCAUCGACUUCUACGCGCAAGCGUUGGGCCUGCCGUUGCUGCCGCCUAGCACUCCCGAGGAGAAGACGGGGAAGUUCCCGACCGGUGCCAACUUUGCCGUGUUUGGCUCUAUUGCGCUCAACCCCAAGUACUUCAAGUCAAGGUAUAACUUCAAUCUGUCGCGCGGGUGCCUCGACGAUCAGCUCGCUUCUUUCAAGAGAGUGCUCGCGCGGAUUGCUCCGGGAGAUGCUGCCACCAAGAGUCUCCUGAGCGAAUCCCUGGUUGUCUUUGGCGAGAUCGGCGGCAACGACUACAACUUCUGGUUCUUCGAUCGUACGCGCAGCCGGGACACGGCCCAGGAGUACAUACCGGACGUGGUUGCCCGCAUAGGCGCCGGCGUCCAAGAGGUGAUCAAGCUCGGUGCCAAGACUAUCCUUGUCCCUGGGAACUUCCCCAUCGGGUGCGUGCCGGUUUACCUCAGAGAUUACAAGAGCAACACGUCCACGGACUAUGACCAGUUCGGCUGCCUCAAGUGGUUCAACACAUUCUCCCAGAUGCACAACCAGCUACUGAAACAAAAGAUCAGCAUGCUCAAGUCGCAGAACCCCGGCGUGAAGAUCAUCUACGGCGACUACUAUGGCGCCUUCAUGGAGUUUGUCAAGAAUCCUCUCAGGAAUGGCAUUGACAAGCCUCUGGUGGCAUGUUGUGGUGGCGAUGGCCCAUAUGGCACAGGCCAUGAGUGCAACCAGAAGGCGAAGGUUUGCCCCGACCCAUCUAGGUUUGCCAACUGGGACCAAAUCCACAUGACCGAGAAGGCAUACAAUGUCAUCGCUAAUGGGGUGCUCAACGGCCCGUACGCGGACACCCCGUUGCUCCACACUUGCUAGGAGAAUACAGUUCCUUCAUUUUCAGAUUUGAAUAAUUAUUGCGUGGCUAAUGAAUACUCCCUUUGUAACAAAAAUAUAAGACGUUUUUUUGGUGACUUCUUAUAUUUUAUUAGAGGUUGUUA